AUGGCCGCCAAGUUCCUCACUGCGGCUCUCAUCGCCGCUGUCCCAGUCCUGGCCAAGACCGAUCUUGCAGGAUGCACCAGCUACGACACGGUUCUCAGCAACGCCAAUGGAAUGUACGCGUCUCGAAUCUGGUACGUCCCUGACACGGGCGAGCUGUGCGACUUUCUCGACUGUGGCGGUGGCCGAGCUCCCCCCAAGACCACUGUUCCCGGAUGCCCUGGCUACGUCGGCACCGCGACCUACUCUCCUCUCUUCAUCAACCCCAAGACUCUCGGUGGUGCUGUUCCUGAGGAGACUGGUGAUUCUUCUCCCACGAGCACUGAGGAUGGUGUGAGCGAGUCUGCUACUAUCACGGCGGCGCCUACUACCGAGACUGAGGAGAGUGCUUCAACUACUGAGGCUGAGCCCGAGACUGAGUCUGAGACUAAGAGCAAGGAUGAUGAAGAGACUUCGACCGAUAAGGCCAAGGACACAAAGACCAUCACCACUCUUGCUACUCACGCAACUCCCUCUGCUUCGUCCGGAGCCGAGACCGGUUCCGCUGCUGCCUCCGCAUCCGGAUCCGAUUCUCACUCCGUUUCGCACUCCGACUCCAGCUCCGAGACCGACGCCGCUGCUACCCCGGCCUCUACCGUUUCCACCGCCGGUGCCGUCAUGCCCACAGCCGGAGCCUUCCUCGCUCUCGCCGGCGCCGCUAUGUACGCCGGAAUGCUCUAG